AUGGUGUUGCGACUCUCGAGUAUUGCCUUUAUGGCGAUUGCUAUUCUCUUUCUCUGUCUUGCAACCUUCGCCAAUGCUGAAAACACUCGCCAACUUCACGGCAGCCGUGCUCGGCAUCACCGCCGUGCCAAUGUCAUCACCAAGGCUCCUGCAUGGGCUAAGGAGAUCACCAACAGCCCGGGUCACCAGAACCCUGCCAUGGCACCUCCGGACCCAACCGUCGAACUAGAGCUUUCUGAUGAUUCUGCGACCAGCCUGGAUCAGUACUACAAGGAUGCGGAAAACGCCACUGAGCCUUCUGAUGUCACUCCUAACAAAUCUCACCUCUCACGCCGAUCUCUAGAGAAACGUGGAAGUGGUCCUCUGUACUGCAAAGAUGGCCCUUGCGCAGAUGAUAGUUGCUGCGGCCCCGAGAAAAUCUGCGGCUAUGGCCCAGACUAUUGCGGUAAAGGAUGCUCAUCUAACUGCGAUGCUACAGCCAUGUGCGGAGAGUACAGUGAAGAGGGCGAGAUGCCUUGCGGCAUGAACCUCUGCUGUUCUGCUUCAGGAUGGUGUGGCACUACUGAAGUCUUUUGUGACAAUGCCGAUCCUGUCCACAAGACUCUUCCCUGCCAAGCUGGCUACGGAUCCUGCAACAUCGCCUCCUCCCCUUCAUGCGCCAAGGGUAGUGGUAGCACCAACGGCCGAACCAUUGGCUACUACCAAUCUUGGAACGUGCGAGCCCGCAAGUGUGACACCAAGACACCUAAGCAGCUCAACACCAAGGGUUUCACUCAUCUCUUCUACUCGUUCGCAUUCAUCGACCCUGUUUCCUUCAAGGUCACCCCCGCUCAUGACGAUGAUGUGAAGCAGAUGCACGAGUUCACUGACCUAUCCAAGGAUGGUAAGUUGCAGACUUGGAUCGCUAUUGGUGGCUUUGACUUCAGCAAUGAGAACACUUCUACCCAUACCACUUGGAGCGACAUGGUGUCUACCAAGGCCAACAGAGCUUCGUUUAUAGACUCAGUUCGUGCUUACAUGGAUGAGUAUGGCUUUCAAGGUGUUGAUCUUGAUUGGGAAUACCCCGGCGAGCCCAAGCGCGGUGGUCGAAAGCUUGCUGAUACCCGCAACUUCUCCAUGCUACUCAAGGAAAUGCGUGCAGCUUAUGGUAGCAAGUAUGGUAUCAGCUUGACCUUGGCUCCUGACUACUGGUAUCUUCGCUGGUUCGACGCAAAGGCUAUGGAGCCUUACGUGGACUUCUUUGGUUUCAUGGCUUAUGAUCUCCACGGUUACUGGGACGAGGAUGUCAAGACUCUUGGCAAGAUCAUCCGUGGUCAAGCCGACAUUCGAGAAAUCGGCAACAACACCAUCCCUCUUUGGUUCGGUGGCCUUGAUCCCAAGAAGCUCAACUUUGGUCUCGCUCUGUACGGUCGUGGCUACACUGUCGCUGACAAGAGCUGUAACAAUCUUGGCUGCUCUUUUGUUGGACCCAGCAAGAAAGGAGAAUGCACUGACUCUGAUGGUGUUAUGUCUCUUGGCGAGAUCAAGAACCUCAUCAAGAAGGGUGUCAAAUCUACUUAUCUCAAGGACUCUAUGAUGAAGCAGAUCACCUUUGACGACCAGUGGAUAGGAUAUGAUGACGAGGAGACAUUUGCUGAUAAGAAGGCAUGGGCUGAUGGAUACUGUUUCGGCGGCACCAUGAUCUGGAGUAUCGACUUCCAACCGAGCGAUAACUUUACUGAUGGUAGUGGUGAUGUACCCGCUCUCCCAGACCUCGACGGCAUAGGCGCCAUUCCCAAGGACCUCCAAGACAAGGUCCUCAAGAAGUGCGACACCGGCUUCUCUUACGACAACUACGGCGACCUGCCAAAGCUUUGGUACGACUCUGGAGCUGAGCAGUGGGCAGAUGCCUACAUCAAGUCUCAGAAGGAUCACACCAACUGGGCUCAGAACCUUUACCGCAAUCUCUUUGAGAAGAAGGAUCAUACCAAGUUCUCUUGCGUUACGCCCAACUCUCGAUGUGACUUUGACGCCUCUUGCGCCGAGUUUAACAAGAUUGGCAAGGGUGGACUUUAUUACCUCUUCCAGUCGAUGUCGAGUUUCCAUACCUUCAUGAAGGCUCUCAAUCAACAGUUCGACAGCAAGAUCACUCUGACCCUUGCGACCGUCUCCGAGAUGAGACUUAUCCUCGACAUCAAGAGUGGUCUUCCCCAAACAACCAUCAACAUCGGAAGUGUUCUUGGUUCAGCCUUCAGCAUGGCUAGCGCUAUCGCUGCACCUAUUCCAGCUGUUGGUGGUCCUCUUGCUGGUAUCUCGGGCCUUGCUAGUAUGAUUGGAACCUUCACCAGUACAGUUGGUGGGAAUGACAACGCCGUUGACGCGACCGACACUCUGACUUUCGCGGUCAAAACCGCUGCAGUGGAGGGCAAGAGAAAGAUUGCCAGCAUUGUUUCUUCAGUGUACGGCGACUUUGGACAUGCACAGACCGAUCUUCCCAAAACCAUGCUGGUUGGAGGCGCUGAUAACCCCGCCAUCAAGGUCUUUGGCUAUGGUGCGUGGUUGAGAGACAACGAUCUCACAGACCUGAGCGGCGCCGUGGAAAGAAUGUCCGACAAGAUGAACCAAGCUCUUUUGUGGCAGAUGGCGAGACUCUUCAAGGGUUUCUACGUCGUGAUCCGAGACGAUCUCCCCAUCAACAAGUGCACCCACCCCAACAACGCAUGGGACGACAGAACCGGCCGUUGUCUCGACAUCCUCUCCUGGUGGCCCAAAUCAGCAUCCGGCCGCGUCGGCGGCGAUCUCGCCAUGGAGAAGGUCUGGGACAAAUGGAACAUGUCUCCUCUCUGGACUCUGCGCAACGCCGUCGAAUGCUGGGAGAACAACGGCGGCAAGAUCGGCGAAGCAAAGGUUAAGGCUCUUCAGAGCGAAUGGACCAACGGUGUUCCUCCUCCUUGUUUCUUCGCCAUGCCUGUUCUCAAGGGUAAUUGGUCUAAGGAUGCUGCGUCUGACGGUGCGAUUUGGCUGGCUGGUGAUUUUGUUGGACAGGAGGGUCAGGCUGGAAGGCUUUGGCCGAAGGAUAAGUGUGAUAAGGCGAAUAGGGAACUUGACCCGAUUACGGGUGGUCAGGUGAAGAAGUGCAGUAGCCUCAACAAGGUUGGAGGGGAGAAAUAGGUUUUGCAUGAUUAGCAUUUGGUUACUCUUACGAAAGUCGCG